CGCAUGCAAAUCGAGCUGAAAACGAAGAAAAAAAUGAAAUGGUUGAGCCAAAUCAGUUAAUAUUCAGUAAUUGGAUUAAGUAAACUCAUACACAAAUGUAAACACUCCAAAUGAAUAAUUUGAUACUAAAAAAUCAAUGAAAACAUACCGCGUAAAAAUGACUUCACUGGGAAAUCCGCGUGAAAAAAACGCGGUAAUUCCGAAAUUCGCGUAACUUCCUAAGCCCGUAUACAAAAAUACUGCGUUAAUUCCGAAAUCGGCGUAAAAACCGCAUAGAAACCUUAGUGUAUUUCAUUCGGGUACAAGCAACGUGUAGGUGUUGCUCUGGUGUAGCACUACUUCAUAAUAAAAAUUAAAACGACACAAUGUUUGCUUGACGUUCGCCCGUAAACAUGGUAAACAUACUGUACAGCGCUGCCAUAUAUACGGAUUUAAAAUGUUUAAUGCAAAUAUAUCACAAGUUAUUUUUACAUAAUUAUGUUUGUUUAAAAUUCGUCAAAGCUUAAAAAAAAUUAUUUUAUAGUCGAUAAUUAUGAUAUCGUUAGUUAUACUUAAAUUGAUAAAAGGAUACACUUGUGUGUGGUGUGUGCAGUUUAAAGUAAUAUUCAAAUUUUGGGAAACUUUAAAAGCUGUAGACGUGAAAAGCAAAGUAUUUACAUAACAAUCUGGCAACCCAGAAACGCAAUAUUUUCCUUUCCACACGUGUUCUGUCGAUCGGUUUUAUAAACUGAAAUUCGCACUAAACAAUAUUGUUAUUUGAUAUUCUUGUGUUGUAAAUCCUCCUAAAAUGAGCGAGUUUAUUGAAAAACGUCGCGAGCUUUCGAUCCACGAGUAUGAGUUUAUGAAACAUCUGAAACUGUUUACCGCGGAUGAAAUACGGGAAAUAAAAAACAAGCGGUUCCAGCACGAACAUCGUAUCGAGCGGCGCGCAAAGGAACUCACGGAUUACAUCAACUAUAUCGUGUUCGAAACCAGCUUACUGGAGCUGCUGAAGGUACGCCGAAAGAAGCUUCGGGUUCGUGAUGGAUUGCAUAGCCUAGAGCAUAGUAUACAGAAUCGGAUCAAGAUGCUGUACAAACGUGCCAUGGAUCGUUUUUCUGGCGAGUACCGACUUUGGGUACAUUAUCUUAAACAUUGUAAACAGAAUAAUUGUAAGAUUGAGGCUUCUCGAGCGCUGGAUAAGAUGCUAAAUUUUCACGGAGAUAAACCUGCGGCAUGGAUGAGUGCUGCCAAGUGGGAAUAUACACAAAUGGAAAACUUGGAACGAACCAAGCACUUUAUGUUCCGUGGCUUACAGAGGCACCCAGACUCUCGAGAAAUGUUCGUGUGCUUUUUGGAUCUAAUGUUAAAAGAGGCAGACAAAGUAGCAGCGCAAAUCGAAGAGCGAGGAGAUUUAGAAAAAUCGAAUCCAGAGCUAUGCAAAGCUUUAGAGUGCGUUCAACUGAUUAAUGAACAUUACAAAAACAGGGAACAGGAUUUGGAUUUUUUCAUAGAGUUGAUCGCCUGUUUGAAGCAAGUUAAAGCAGGUAGAAGUUUUGGAAAAAAUGUCCUGGAAGAAAUGAAAAGAACUUUCGCUGGUAAAGAACUAAUGUGGCACACCCUUGCUCAGUUAGCCUACGAAGACUCAUAUCUUGUCGAGAGGACUUGCGAAAAAUUGGACAGUACUUUCGAGGAAUGCCUAAAGAGGUGUAUUCAGAUGUAUGAAACUGCUGUGGAAUCGUUACCGACAAUACAAAUGUGGACUUAUUACAUAGAUGCGAUGUUGCAGAUUAAUGAAGAUAUGUCAAGUUAUCCAAAACUUCGACGAAAAGCUUUAGCAGAAGCAUUCAAAAAUGCCUACAGUAGAAAUUUCUUGGAUGAACAAAAGUUUAUUGAGUAUCUCAAGCUUUUAACCCACUCUGAUAAGCCACGUGAGUCGUUUAUAGCGGAAGUAUUCCAGAAAGCGCUGGAUACUUACCCUAGUUCUGGUGAACUGUGGGAACUGCGUUUAAAGUAUGCCGUCUGGAAUGAAACAUCCGCAGAUGAGUUCGAUGUACUCUUCAAGCAAGCUGCAGGAAUGUGUGCUGCUCAGAACACUCUCCCGCUUUGGAUUGUACGGUGUCAGUAUUUUGAAACUCAGCCGCUUCUUUCGCAAAAGUUGCAAAAAGUUUUCCAUGAAGCCACCCAACAGUCGGCUCCGGAAAUUUCGCAGCAUUUUCAACCGCUUUUUCUGAACUAUCUGAUGGUAACGAAAAACAUAGAGGACGCCCGUAACGGGUAUCGGCAAAUGCAGCGAAACUGUAUUUCCUGUUUAGAGCUUCACCGGAAAAUGUCCGAGCUAGAGUUACUGCAGGUGCAACCGGAUUUGGAUCAGUUACGGUUGGUGCAUGAAAACAUUACCCAGUACUUUGGUGGUACAAGUCCAGACGUUUGGAUCGACUAUAUCAAUUUCGAGCGUGAACACGGUUCUCCCAAAAAGAUGCAAUUACUUUUCGAGCGUGCCAAAUCUCGACUGGACAGUGAAUUAAUAGCCAGCUUCAUUACUCAAUAUGAGCUACUGAAAAAUCCCCUUAUUUAACUGUUUUUUUUAAUUUACAAUAAACUGAUCGAAAACAA